CUCCGAGUCCCUCUCUUUGAACUUGUCGCAUGGCCCCAAAGUGCUCUGCCCUCCCGCGUGCGGAUCUACCAGCGGACAAAUAAAAGGACCAUCCUCACCUCUCGGCGUCUAUUUCGGGAAAUCUUAGAUCUCUCGGGCAUGCUACGAAACUCCCAAACUCUCCAAAAGCUCGUUGCUGUUGGAUGACGCGCGCGCGCCACACGGCAGCAGCCUCAUGUCGGGCUGAGACUUUAUCGGAUGCCUCUAAUGAAAGAUCCAAACGCCACAGCGGCGGCCAUGGCUUACAAUACUUUCCCAUCUCGUCAAUCGGGUGCCUUGCCGUUGUCAGCCUUCUUUUCCGCGGCUCAGCCCUCGUUUUUCCCCGGGCUGCCUUUUCCGGACGUCGCCCCGCGGUCCGAGCCUUCGUCCGGACGGGCUGCCUCCGACGCGGAGCUGCUCGCGGCUCUGGGCCGCCACCAUCAGCCGGUCCAGAGCCUGCCGCCGGAGGACGGGCUGGAAGAUGACCCGAAAGUCACGCUGGAUUCCAAAAAACUAUGGAAUGAGUUUCACAAAAUGGGAACGGAGAUGGUUAUUACAAAAUCGGGAAGGCGGAUGUUUCCGGCGUUCAAAGUGCGGGUGGAUGGGCUGGUUGAAGCUGCAAAGUAUAUCUUGCUGAUGGACAUUGUCGCAGUCGAUGACUGCCGCUACAAGUUCCACAACUCCCGCUGGGUGGUGGCUGGGAAAGCUGACCCGGAGAUGCCAAAGCGCAUGUACAUCCAUCCAGACAGCCCGUCCAAAGGGGAGCAGUGGAUGAGCAAGCCCGUCGCAUUUCAUAAACUCAAACUCACCAACAACAUUUCCGAUAAGCAUGGAUUUACAAUUCUGAAUUCAAUGCAUAAAUACCAACCCAGGUUUCAUAUUGUGAGAGCCAACGAUAUAAUGAAGCUUCCGUACAGCACCUUCCGGACUUACGUUUUCCCGGAGACGGAGUUCAUCGCUGUCACUGCGUAUCAAAAUGAAAAGAUUACACAACUAAAAAUCGACAACAAUCCGUUUGCCAAAGGAUUCAGAGAAACAGGAAAUGGAAGGCGAGAAAAGAGGAGCAAGCAUUUAACCAUUUCUUCAAUGAGCCAACGCACAGCUGACCUGGACUGUGCUGAUUCUGAUGACUCGUGUGAACAACCCAGUACCAGUGAUCCAUUAUAUUCCCCCCGGGAGCUGGUGACCAGCCCUCUGAUGUCCACACCAACCUGCCCAGAUGACGACAAUUUUGAAAGUGCCUCAGAUAUUGAUCAACAAGAUGAGGACUAUGCUGAAGCUGGCCAUUCCAGGGGCGAAUUUAUAUCUUCUUUGAGCCAGAAGAGGGAGGGAAUACUGUGGAACCGGCCUAGUCUCAGUAAGGAUGACGGCCAUCAGGACACAACCAAAGAAAGAACAAUAUUUGGAUCACCAGAUCUGAUGUACUCUGCGGAGAGGGAUUCUUCUAAAAGGCACACGAGCGAAAUCCAACAUGGCGUCCUGCCAAUGAUGUUGCAGACGCAGAGUUCAUUGCCUCUCGCCGCUGGUCACCUCCAGACUUUUGAUUUCCCGAGUGCCCAUAGCCAACAGUUCCUUAAGCUCGGAGCUCCGUUGUUGUUUGACCCGGGACAGUUGCCAUUGAAGCCAGAGGGUACGGGACGUCUGUUGGCUUCUUUGCCUGCAGUAGAAAACAGAGGCCUGCCUUCUCAAAGCAUCACCUCUCCAUCUCCCUUCAUGUUUCACCUUUCACAGCACAUGCUGGCAUCUCAGGGAAUCUCACUGUCACCCUUUGGAGGAUUGUUCUCCUAUCCUUACGGCUACAUGUCGGCCCCAGCUCUCCCCACCUGUUCGGCAACCACUACGUUGGCAAGAAACCCCUGUUUCCGCAGCUCUCGGCCAUUGUUGCGAUUCAGCCCUUAUCAGAUCCCAGCCUCGUUCACCUCGAGCCCAAACCUGCUUCCAACCAGAUCCCCUGGUCCUUCAAACUCACAGUCCGAGGCGUCCAAGUCAGGGAGCAGAGAGACGAGUUUAGCGCCCGACAAUCACCGUCAACAAACGAAGGUGAAACAAAAGACUUUGCCCCCGGAAUACGUCAAAGGCUGCGCUGCUAAACACGCAUGACUUGGUGGACUUGAUGAACAACCUCGUCGAGAAUACACUCACGGUUUACUUGUUUUUCAUGUUAAACCUGGUGGAUGCACUCUGAUGGACACAACACAGGUUUAUGAAAAUGCACGUGAUAAUCACCUAAAACAAGUAUUUUGCUAGAAACUGCAUGCGUGGCUGCUAAUCAACAUGUCAUUUAUAACAUCAAAAAUCCUGCCAGAUAAAUACGGAUUUAGUGAUUUGCAAGUCAAAAGACGCACAAACAUUCGUCAACAUAACAUUUCCGUGUGAAGCAAGUUGUCAUUACGUGGAAAUAUAUGGUGUUGAGCUGUUAAAUGCAUAUCGGGGUGUCUUUUGAUUUACAAACAUACCAAAACAAUGCUUUUAGGAAAUUUUACAGAAAUCAAAAGAAUUAUGCUAAUUGGAUUUUUCUUCAGGGAGAACCGGCUAUGCAAUACUCAACUCCCAACAGCAGUGUGCUUUAAAUAUGAAUAAAACACAUUUGUUUGGCUUCAUUCCUCAUGAUGGUGUACAUAUUUUCCUCAUCAUGACAAAUCUUUAAUCUACCUGGUAACUGUUUUCACCUUGUGUUGAUGUACCAAAGCUGCACCGUGGACUUUGAGAGCAAACUCAGGAUUCUUUUUUAAAUGUAUUUUUACCAGCACUUAAGAAAAUUGUUUUCAGCAAGGUUGUUUGCCAAAUUAUUCAGGUCAACUGUGCUUUUUUCACAAUUUAAAUAAAGAUGUGGUUCACAUUUUCUUAAAAUGUUUAUAAUAAUGCUAUAGUUGAUGUUGCACAUUAUAUAUUCAGAUGUCUAUUCUCAGCAACGUCACUUUACCUCUGCUGUCUGUAGGCUUCUGCUGUAUUGAGUGAUUAAAAGAACACAAGCAACAAUUGGC